AUGUACUCCCAUUCUAAGCGUGCAUGCGCAGCUCCGGGAGCGCGCAGCGAUCAGUGGUGCGCUGUGUCCCACGGACACAGUUGAUCACCGGCCAAUGGAAAGAGCUGAAGAUGUAGGCUCAGUCAUGUGAUCAGCUGUGUCCCAAUCACAGCUGAUCGCACUGAUCAUCAGGGCACUGAUGAUCAGUGUGCCCUGAUGAUCAGUGUAGCCCCAGCAGUGCCACCUGUCAGUGCUCAUCCCUGCCACCUGCCAGUGCCCAUCAGUGCCUCAUCAAUGCCACAUAUCAGUGCCUACCUGUGCACAUCAAUGCCACAUAUCAGUGCCCAUCUGAGCUGCCUUUCAGUGUCACCUAUCAGUGCCAGUCAGUGCCACCUAUCAAUG